AUGGCUGCAGAGCACCAGGUGAUGGACCCCAUCGUCGUCCACGGCAUCACGCAAUUCUCCAAUCUUUUUGAGGAGGAGUUAGAGGUCACAUAUCUAGGGGUGAAGGGUGGCACCGGCACUGGGAGGCUGGAGAACGUGGCGGUGGAGAUGGAGGUGCGAGAUCUGUCGAAAAUUUUCGACCCAGACACAUUUCUCGGGGAUAUGCACGAUAAAAGCACUGUGCAUCGCGGGCCGUGUCAUGUCAUGCGGGCCAGAAUCGUGAGUAACAAAUACAAGAUUAAGGGAACCAGCGGCUGGAUAGGUGGGGCCAGCAUGAAGUUGGGGGGGCCAGCGAGCGAUCACUUCGGUGGGAACCAGCGGCUGGAUAGGUGGGGCCAACUUGGAGCUGGGAGGGCCAACGAGCGAUCACUUGGGGAUCGACUCCUUGUGCGCGGUAGUUGA